AUGGCUCUGAGACUCUCCAUGAUGCUUCUCCACACAGACGGGAAGCCCCUCAAAACUCCUCUCAGAGCUCUCAGUGCUUUGGUUUUCCUUCUUCUCCUAACACACCACUGUCGAGGUCAGUCUCAGCUGAUUGGCUCAUAUCAGCCAAUAGUAGCAAACCUUGGUGGUGACAUCAUUUUGCCGUGUUAUCUGGUGCCGGUGGUAAAUGUUGCCGAUUUGACGUUGGAGUGGACGAGGCCCGACAUGGACCCCAGAUUCGUCCAUGUGAUGCGGCUUGGUCACGAGAUGGUGGAUAAAAAACACGAGUUAUUCAAGGGAAGAACAUCAAUGUUCACCGAUGAGCUGAAGAACGGAAACAUUUCCAUGAAACUCUCCAACGUACAACUCUCCGAUCAGGGGAAAUACAGAUGUUUCAUUCCUGAACUGGACCGGCAAGCUUUUGUUUCACUAGUUUGUGUAUCAGCUGCUGCUCGCCCACCAGUCGUAACGUUAUCAGGGCUGGACGGUCAGAGCGGAGGAGUGGUGCUGCAGUGUGAGUCUGCAGGCUGGUAUCCGGAGCCUGAGGUGUUGUGGCUGGACGCUGAGGGAAAGCUCCUCUCUGCUGGACCUCCAGAGACAGUCAGAGGUCCUGAUGACCUCUAUACUGUCAGCAGCAGAGUGACUGUGGAGAAGAGACCGAGCAGCAGCUUCACCUGCAGAGUGCAGCACCACAACACCACCCGCACCACACAGACGCAAAUCCAUUUUCCAGAGGAUUUCUUUAAGCUCCAGUCCAGUUCUUCUUCCAUCAUUACUGGUCUGGCCGUCAGUUUGGCUGUUUGCAUUCUGUUACUGCUGGCUGUUUCUUUCUUCUUUCUGUGGAGAGAACACAUAUUCAAGACAAAGAGAAAGCGUUCGGAUGAAGAUCAGUUUCUCAAUGAAGGAGAAAGAGGACAGCUGAUGAAACCUGACGCUGUGCAGAUGGAGGCUUUGAAGGGAAACGUCAGAAAGAAGAGGAAAAAGAAAAAUCAAUCUGAGCAGCAGCUGCUUGAGGAGCAGAGGAGGAGGAAGGAUGCUGAGAAGGAAGUCCAGACUCUGGAAGAGCAGCUGCAGAACAAGAAGAAAGAGGUUGAAUCUAAAGAGUCUGAGCUGCAGGAUCUCCAUGCAGAGAAACAGAGGAGCGAGAAGGAGCUGCAGAGCCUGAAGGGAGAUCUGUGGAACAAGAACAGAGAGCUGGUGAAAGCUCAAGAAGACUUUGACCUUGGUACCAAAUAUAAUUUGUUUAGCAAACAAGAAAAACUGCAGAAGAAGAAGGAUACAGCUGAACAGGAAGUGGAGAACCUUCAGAAGAAGCUGGAGACCCAACAGGAGAGAACAGACAUCAAAACCAAAGAGGUUGAAGUGAAGGAAGCUGAAGUCCAGCAGCUCCAGGAGGAGGGUCAGAGGAUGGAGACCAGCCUACAGACCCUGAAGGAGGAAGUGGAGUCAAAACGGCCGCUGGUGUCCAGACAGAAGUUUGAGGAGGAGAAGCAGAGGAGGGAGGAAGCUGAGAGGAACGUUCACAUCCUGGAGGAGCAGCUGCAGAAAAAGCUGGAGGAAAUCACCGAUGAAGAGCUGAAGAAGGCAAAGAGUCACCUGGACAGCAAGGACAAAGAAAUCAUCCAGCUUAAGAGACAUAUGGAUGCACUUUUAGCUGAUAUCAAGAGUCUGAAAGAUGAAAAGCAGAAAAGUGAAGACGUGCAAAAGGAACUCGAGGCAACGAUAAAAGAGUCCUCCCUGUUGAAACAGCUGCUCAACGAGAAGCUGAGAGAAGAGGAAGCUGAGAGAUCGACCCGAGAGCUGGUGGACAAGAAUUCUAAGGUUCUGACGGUCCCAGAGGAGAAGACCCGCAGAGAGGACGCUGAAAAAGACCUGAAGCUCACAGUUCCUCCCAGUGCUUCGUCUCCUUCACAUGGUGUCUCCAAGGGGAACCAACACCCCCGUGAGAAGAAGGGAAAGGAAGCUUGGGGAUUUGCAAAGAAGUCAGACGCAGGAAACUGUGAAGGGUCUGAUAAUUCUCGAUCAGUGGAACCACCCCUCUCCCCGAACACCCAGACCUCAGACCCAGGAUUUAAUAUUGAGGUCGACCAACAGCACAAAUACAUCCGUCUCAUGAACUCUUCCACUGAGGACAAACAGCUGGGAAUAUGGAAGUUAGAUCUGCAGGUUAACAACAACAAAUCCAUCACGUACACAUUUCCGCCAUCUUUCAAACUCAAGGCUGGAACAGAUGUCACUAUGUGGGUUAAAGGUCAUGGUCGCAAUCAUGCUCCCACUGAGCUGAAGUGGAAGGCCCUGAAGUCCUGGAGCUCUGGAGACAAACUGCAGGUCGUCCUCUUCGACCACAAACAAGAGACCCAGUAUGAACUCUGUGUGACAAUACCUUAAAGACUUUAACUAUACUUUGUCCUGCUCUCAUUGUGCUCAUCUUACCCUGCAUUUAUCAAAAGUUACAAAUAUACUUCUGCUCACUGCCUGCCUAGCAACAAAUAGCUGGAGUUCAUUUGAACUUGUCCUCGUGUUGUGAUGUGUGAAGUGACGGAGCAGAUUUAUCAGCAACAGGAAAAAGCCAUGAGAGAAAGUUACAACGUUAUAAAAUAUCUGAGCAUUAUUCACAGGAACAGAAAGACUCAGAGAUCAGCCAUUCAUUUUAUAGAAUCACACACUUUACUUUGACUAUUCAGGUUCAUUUAACAG